AUGAAGACGUUUGUAGAUUAUAAAGACCCACUAAGUUAUUCAAACCAUAAUGAUUACAUUCCUGUAUCAGAUGAAGUGAUCCAAAAAUACCUAGAACAAUCAGUUGCGGUCCGUAUCAUGUCUGCUAAAAGCAGAAGACUAGAAACUAUUAAAAUUGUACAGUUAGCUGAAAGAUUUAGUACUAUAUUGUGUAAUAUAUUAGAAAUUUUAUUAAACCCAAACUACACAGUAGCUUUAUCUUUAUCUCAGUCACCAUCGUCCUCCUCAAAUGUCCCGUCAAACUGUUUGCAGCCAAAUACAACAGCUACGAACACUCUGAUGAAAGUACCAACAACUGACAGUCAAAACUUAGCAGUUCCUAAUCAGACUUCUUCAGCAAGACCAGAUGCAACAGAUGAGAAUAAUAAUAUGUGUAAAACAAAUGACUUUCUCAGUUCAUUCCUCAACUCAAUUCAAAACAGUAUGAAACAGCAGCAGCAACAAAAUGGUUUUCUGCAAGGAAAUGGUUUAACAAUUUCAAAUUAUUUUGACCAAAGUGAAUCCACACUUGUUAAUGACUCACUUAACACCUUAAAUGGAUCAUGUACAUUUAAAAAGAUGAGUGAAUCUAAGAUCUCUAUCUCUUCAUACCUAUUAAAUUCAGAUAAUUCCGAUGGUAAACCAUCAUAUACACAUAAAUUUACGCAUUUAAUAUUUAAAUCCUGCGCCAUACUUGAUCAGUCAUUAUCACGUUUAGUAAACUUAUUUCCUUCAUUAAAACACUUGGAGUUUGAGUGCUGCAAUGAUUUUACAGAAUUGGCGUUUUGGUCUUGUUUGCUACCGAGCAUUGAACAGUUGAAAAUAUUUGAUUGUAUCAAUGUUUCAGAUGAAAGUAUGAAUGCUAUUGGACAAAUGCUGCCUGAAUUGAAAUGCUUCACGUUUCAGGCUUAUCACAUAACUGAUGCAGCAUUGACUUAUUUUAGUACAAAACAACGUACAAAUAUGCAUACAAUGGAAUUAGUGCAAUGCAUGGAUAUAACCAAUCAAGGCAUAAUGACACUUGCCUAUGCACUGAACAAUUUACAAGUGUUAAAUUUAAGUGGAUGCAGUAAACUAACCGAUGACGGCUUAGAUGUGAUAUGUGAAAAUUUAAAGCGAUUAGUAUCCUUGAAUUUGUCAUGGUGCUCAAAAAUAACUGAUAGUGGCAUAGAAUGUGUAGCGUGUGAUCUAAUUCUUUUGAAAAAGCUCCUACUGGACAGGCAUUCAUUUCUCGUCAUCAUUAAUAUUUUUAUUCCACCAAUACGUUGGAAUAAAAAUUGA